AUGGCUGGAAGAUCUCCCUUUAUUUGGUUGGUUGGUUCAGAUGAAUCAUCAUCUUUAGCUACUAUUGGAGCCCUCUUGGAUUGGAGUAGUCUACUACAAGAGUGGGAUAUUGAUGAGGUGUUUUCAUUGGGAGGAAAGCACGAUGCCCAAGCAAUAUCAUUUCAUCUAUAUCACAAGUAUAGGGAUGCCAAGCUUCUCGUGGCCGGUGAACUAGCCCCUGUAGACUCUCAUUGA